AUGGCGCCCUCCGCGCCGCCGCGGCAGAAGCCAGGCGCGCCGCUGGUGCGGCCCUCGUCCUCGGGCGCGCUGCAGGGCCGGGCCCCGCCUCCCCGGCGAGGGCCGCAGAAGGCUUGGGCCUGGACGGUGGACGGCGGCGGCGGGGCGCCGUGGCCCUCAGAGGGCCAGGGCUGGGCCUGCGCGCGGCCGGUGUCGAGGCCGGGCGGCGUCCGGGACAUCUCCCGGCUGCGGCGGAACGCAGAGGCGUGGCGGGGCGGCGGCCCUGCGGGCGAGGCGGCAGAGGCCAAGGGCGCUGCCCCAGCGCGGCAAGCGCCCGGCGCCCGCAGCCCGAGCCCGGCGGGAGGGGAGCAGCCCUCGGAGGGGAGGCGGUCGCUGGCCGCCGCCGUCGGGAUGCCGCGCUCCCAGCUCGAGCCCGCGCCGCUGCUCCUGCUGGCGGCGAAGGGGGAGACGAGGCCGUGGACGGGGGUCUCCUCGCUGCCGCGGGUGUCGUCCACGCCGCUGCUCGCCUGCGACAGGGGCCAGCAUCAGUCCGCUCCGCACUCUCCUGCCAGCAGCUCGCCCCACGCGACCGCCAGGCCGGCGUCCCAGAGCCUGCUCCGGCGGGCGAGCCGGCGCUCCGAGGCGGGGGGGUCUCCGGCAGGCCCGCUCUUCCCGCGCCAGGAGCCGCCCGACGAGAAGCUCUCCGGCGGGCGGCCGGUGCGGGCGGCGGCGCGCAGCCCCCAGCCCAGCGCAGACCCGGACCCGCACGUGCAGGCGAUGAAGGAGAUCUGCCGGCUCCGGCGCGAGAUGAUGAUCCCGCUGGAGAGCAUGCAGGCCGCGAUGCGACUGUUCAGGGAGCACGCGACAGUGCCGGCAGAGGGCGUUCUCUUCACGGAUGGGGCCCUGACGAAGGCGAACCUCGCGAGUAUCAUGAGGAAGUUGGCGGGGUCCGACAAUGCGGAUAUCGAGAGCCGUUGGGUCGACAGCGCCUUCAAGCUGGCGGAUAAGGAUCGCGAUGGCUCCAUCAGUUUCGAGGAAUUCGCGCUCUGGUUUUCGAGCCGCAGUUUCGACGAGGAUCUCAAUCUAGACGGCCAGGAGCUGGAGCUGCGCAAGCUGUCCCGAGAGCUCGACCUACCCUCGUCCGUCGUUGAAAAAUAUAAGAGCCACUUCGACGCGUUCGACACCGACGGAAGCGGCACAAUGUGCAGGGAUGAGUUCUACGAGAUGAUGUUGAAGUGCCUCAAGAUCCCGCGGCACAUCGGCCUCCCCGCGGCCCGGCUGCAGCAGCUCUGGUGCGCCGCGGACGCUGACGACGACGGCGAGAUCAGUUUUACCGAGUUCGUCGCGUUCUUCUCCAAGUACUUCCCGCAGGGCGGGGCCAGCGGCAUGGACCAGUACUACUGCCACAACCGGCCGCUGAACGUCUUGCACGGGACUUACAGGGCCUGA